AUGGAUGACAAAGCCGACCCUUUGGAUGGGUGGCCGAUACAAGAAGUUGCUCGGGAGCAGACAAUGGCGAAAGAAGACCUAUACGGUAAACUUUAUAUAUACCUUCGGCGGGUUUUCCAACAGUUCCUAGAAGGCCUAGCAAGGAUAGAGAUAGACCUUGAACUGCUCAAUGUGGAUGCGAUCCAGCUUCCUAAAACCCUUCAGAGGGACAAAUAUGCCAAAAUCGAGGUACUGUACCUGAAUGCGAUCAUGGAGAUGGUCAAACAAGGCGACGACAGAGACCUAAUGCCGAACAUGGAAUUACUAAUGGAGUUCCUACCGGAUAUUGACAUAUUCUCCUUGCUACGACCGGAGAGCGCCCAGAGUCUAAAAUUAUGGGAUGCGAGAACAAUUGUAAUUGACCGACACAAGUUUUUUGAGAGGUACAUCAGGGUGUUUCGAUCUGAUCUUAUAUCUGCCGAUCUGCAGGUCGCAAUGAAGGAUCUCAACACGGUAGUGGAGGCAUGGCCCACAAAGCCGAUGCUGGAAAGGGGACAGCAAGGGUCUCAAGACGAAUUUAACAUCCUUCUGGGCUCGAACCAUACUUGUGUUGAACGAUUUGUGGAAUGGAGGUGGACAAAAUAG